AUGCCAAUCCACCACCUCCUCUUCCGCCGCACGUUUUCAUCCACGGUGCGUAGAGAAGCUACGUACGGCUUCAUCGGCUUGGGGAAGAUGGGCCUGCCGAUGGCGCGGAACCUGCGGCAGAAGCUGCCAAAGGACGACACCGUCUACGUCUACGACGUGAACACGUCCGCCACCGCCGCGUUCGCGGGCGAAUUCACGAGCGGCGUCGAGGUGGCCGAGAGUGUAGCGGAAGCGGUAGCUUGCAGCGAAACCGUGAUCACGAUGCUUCCAGAGCCCUCGCACGUCGCUUCGGUAUUCUCUGCGAUCGCCGCAUCGAACCCGCCCCCUCCCCCCUCCGGCGCCCAACGCCUCUUCGUCGACUCCUCAACCAUCGACAUCCGCACGUCGUUGUCGACUUCGCGGCUCGUCGCCUCCCCCGCCAUCGCGGGCGCAUUCGUCGAUGCCCCCGUUUCCGGGGGCGUAGUCGGUGCGUCGGCGGGUACACUCGCCUUCCUCGUCGGCUGCCCGCCCGAGCUGCUGGAAAGGGUCGAGGGGGUGCUGGCGCACAUGGGCAGCCGCAUACUGCACUGUGGCAAGCCCGGUGCCGGGCUCGCGGGGAAGCUCGCGAAUAAUUACGUCCUGGCGAUUAGCAAUAUUGCGGUUGCGGAGGCGAUGAAUCUCGGCCUGAAGCUGGGGCUGGACAGUAAAGUGCUCAAGCAGGUUAUUAACUCGUCCAGUGGCAGGUGCUGGGCGAGCGAGGUUAAUAAUCCGGUCGAUAAUGAGGCGAAGGGAUUUGCGGGGGGAUUUGGGACACCGCUUAUGCUGAAGGAUCUCAGGUUGGCGGUGAAGGCGGCGCAGGAGAGUGGCGCAAGACUGGAGAUGGCGGAGAGGGCGGAAGGGGUGUAUCAACAGGUCGUGGAGAAGGAGGGGGUGAAGGACUUUUCCGUGGUGUAUAAGUGGUUGAAGGAGGCGAAGUGA